UUUAGUUCAUCCAAUAAUCUUUAAAUCUUUCAAGUCUACCGGUGGCAACGCAGCUCCACUAACGGCGGAGCUGCGUAGGGUUCUUCUGUAAUCUGCUGGGGAUUCUGUGUAGGGUUUCGUCAUCUAGGAUUCUGAUUUACUUGAUCAGAGAUUCAGCAUCGAGAAAAGAUUCAGCAGGCGUUUUUGUUUACUGGAUUUCAUCUCGUAGUUUGUCUUUCAGGUGAUUUUCCUGCUCCGAAUUGUAUAAUGAGAUGAAUCUAUAGCUAACGGUUUCAGACAUGGGAACACGGAAUUUUUUAUGGGAUGUAGCAAAGAAGUCAUUUACUGGAGGGAUUAUAGGGUUGACGAUUUCAGAUAGAUGCUGUAGCGUUGUUCCAGUGAGAGGAGAAUCCAUGUCUCCAACAUUCAAUCCCCAGAGAAAUUCUCGUAUAGAUGAUUAUGUUCUUGUGGAAAAAUUUUGCCUUACAAAUUACAAGUUUGCACGUGGUGAUGUGGUAGUGUUCUGCUCUCCGACUCAUUUCGGGGAAAGACAUAUAAAGAGGAUUGUUGGAUUGCCCGGCGAAUGGAUCGGGACUUCGCAGGAUGUGAUCAAAAUCCCGGAAGGGCAUUGUUGGGUAGAGGGAGAUAACCAUGCUUCAAGCUUUGACUCUAAGGCCUUUGGCCCCAUUCCAUUGGGUUUAAUUCAAGGAAGGGUCACUCACGUAGUGUGGCCUCCUCACAGAGUAGGCAAGAUCAAUGGAUGAAUGGUGAGAAGAUUUCAUUAUUUUUUGUUUGUGGGUAUGUCUGGAAUUGAUCGCUGAGUUCAUCAUCCUAUGAUUUAGGUAUUGGCCUUGACAAUAUUGUGGCUAAAAGAAAAACCUCAAGUAAUCAUAUGAUGGAAUAUGACUAUUUCCCAAGUGAAUGGGUGUUGGUGAAAUAAAAUGUUUAUUUAAAGUAUU